CCGCCGUCCGUCAUCCAAACGUGUUGUGUGGUACCUAGUCGUCGUCGUGCAGUGAGCGGCGUCGUGCUAGGCUCGGUAUCGCGUGUUCCUUGUUUCUCGUGCGCUUGUUGGUUUCUUGGUGCGUAUGGUUGGUUGAUGGUAGGGAAGGAAGCAUGUUUUGCAUGUUGCGUAUCUGCUAGUGCUUCCAUUUAGUGUUGGAUCGAAUUGUUGUUUUUGCCUAAAUCUAUCGGUUGGAUUUGAAAGUGUUACUAGUGUAUUAUGGUGAUUUGCACGAAUUAAGUUGAGAUUGAAGGCAAUUCAAUAAUUGUAGAAGAACCUUGAGGGGAUGAUUACUUGCGGUAGCAUAGAGGCAUGAAACAGCAGUGCUGUGAAGUAAUUAAAACACGCUACUCAAGUAGCUACGAUAGGUUCAAGUGCAGGUGCUAAGUGGCGAUCCGGUGCAGACACGGUUUGCACGAAUGCAAAGUGCGUUAAAGUGCAAAACUACGGUUCUAGUGGGGAAGCAUACAAUCUGUUGGGGGUACCGUGAACGGAAGCAGUGAAAAGAAAUAGAAUAUCGAUCGCUUCCUGGUGGUUGGAUGUCUGGUCUCAGCAUCAUUAUCAUCGGCCGCAUAUAGAGAGUGAGCGAGGAGCAAAGAAAAUCGAUAAUCCCAUCAGGAGUGCAGGAGAUGCCAGUGCGGAUGAUGGAGUCAUCUCCGGUUGCCAUGGUCAUGACUUCACGUGAUCUGCUGCCAGAUUCUAACACGAACAAACUCCGGACGGAAGAUUAUCCCAUGACCAGUAUGGGCGACAACCGGUUCGAGAGUAAUCUCAGUCCAAGUUCGGUGGGGGUCCCAGAUGUGUCACGGUCGCCCUCGGUUGGGGAAACCUUUAUGUCGGCUGCCACCGAUGGACCCCACUCGUCGUCGGAAGAUUCGGAUUCCAGUGAUGAUGACAUGGAACCCGAUCAUCUUAAAAGAGUUAAACCUUUGGGAUCACCUUCAUCCAACAGUAAUCCAAACUCGGCCACCGUAUUCGAUCCGGUUCCUUCAUUGCCGCUGGAGCCAAACCUGAGCCCAAUUCAGCGCCCUCUGUCACCGGGUGAGGGCCCUUCCGGAUCGACGUCAAUCUCGAUGUCGAUAGGCUCGAUGGGUGAUGAUUCCGCUGAUGGUAGUCCAAGUGAGCCAAAUAUCGUUGUGAAGCUCGUUCCAGAAAAGAAAGGAGUCUUUUUGAAGUAUUCUGAAUAUGAGGUCAAAUCCAAAUCUCACGAUACAGUUGUCCGCCGACGUUACAAGGACUUCGUUACGUUGUACACGUACCUCAUGGAGCGAUACCCGUACAGAAUGAUUCCUCUACUUCCGCCGAAGCAGCUCCUACUGGAUUCCCUCCACGAAGAGCGCCGCCACGGUCUACAAACCUGGCUCACCGUAGUCUCGAUGCACCCGGUCCUCGGCUGCUCCCCGAUUCUGGUAACGUUUCUGAGUGACAAAACGGCCGACUACCAGUACCGGAUGCAGGUCAUGUACGAAAAACAGCCGGACGAAUUCAGCCGUCUCCGCGAGGACGUCGACCUGCCAUGGGAGGACCAGGAAAAGCUUCUGGCCAGUCGCGAUCGCCUGCGCAAAAUUCUCUACUCCCUCCAAAGGUUGCGCAAAAUCUUCGACGAACAGGCGUUCCGUGCCGAGCAGCAGGCCCGCGACAUGGCCGAGGUGGACAUGAUCCUGCAAGGUCUCGAAGUGCGAGACGUGUUCGGCGAGCGGACCUUCGACGAUGUGUCCCAGAGUGCGCAGGCGGCGGCCCGGCAAUCCGAGCGGUACGUGCAACUGCAGCGCAAUGUCGUCAACGAGAGGAUCCACGUGCUGAUGGACCUGCUCGCGGCGCACAAUGAUUUAUGUCAACGCGUGGAGAAAGGAAUCUUCAGCGACCAUGAAAAAGCUCUCUCAAAAACUCUCGGUAUCAGCCGCAGCCGCUUGAGAAAUUCCAUGCGUGGUGGUAACGCAACGUCGGACAAUAACGGUUCUACCGUGGUAGCGUCUCAAUCGGUUCCCCCAACCACCAACAACAACACCAACGACCCCCCGGCCACUCCGGACGCGGUCCUGAACCGGAAGUGUGCCUUCGCGCUGCAGUGCGUCCGCAGCGAGACGGCCCUGGCCGAACAGUACCUGCAGUCGCUGCCGGCCAUUCUGCUCUCCUACGCCAACGAAGAAUCCCAGUACCACAGCAAGGUAACCGAUAUCGAGUACGUACGGGCGAAUCGUUGGAAGUAUUUCAUAAACUUUUCUUUCGCCGCAGAUGUCGAAGAUUUGGCAUCAGCUAGUAGCUAACGAAUCUGCUUCCAAAAUGUGCUAGUGGCUCCUCCGGCUGCUAGAACUUGCUAGGGUUAUUUUAGUGUCGCGAUAGGGAACCGGGGGAAUUCCAGGGGGAGAUUUGUGCGUACCUCUGUGUAUAGUCGCGUGCGGACAAUUUUGCUUCAAGGGUGCCAAGUUAUAAUUAGGGAUUAAUGAUAGAGAAAAGAAGAAAAAAAACUGCUUACAAACUGGCGUCUUAGAUACCAAAUGGUUUAUAUAACUUUAAGAGGGGAGCUACGGCGAAAAAACUUAUUAUUAGUGUUUAAGAAAUUCCGAAACAAAAAACGUAAGAAUACAUUGCAGUUGCCAUUUUUA